ACCCACGCUGGAGAUUGCACAUCUGUCGUCCUGGCUUCCAUCUCCAAAUUGACUGGUGUCUAUAUCCCCCCUCUCAUCAACAUCGUGCUCUUUCUCUUUCUUUAUAUCCCCCGUCUCAUCUACAUCCUUCCCCUCGUCCACCUCCUGCCCAUCGUAGUCGUCACCUUUGUUGAUGGUGGUGACGAUGUCUGCGUGGUGAAUAGGGCUGCGGCUGCUACUAAUAAGACUGCAGCUGCUGCUGAUAUCACUGAAACUCCGUCUCCUCUUCCUCCACAUCCCCCUCUCAUCCACAUCGUGCUCUUUCUCUUUCUUCAUAUCCCCCGUCUCAUCUACAUCCUUCCCCUCGUCCAUCUCCUGUUCAUCGUAGUCUUUCUCGUUGCUGACGGCGGUUUGGCGAAUAGGGCUGCGGCUGCUACUAAUAAGACUGCGGACGCUGCUGAUCUCACUGAUACUCGUUACUUCAUCCACGUUGGAGAUGACACCUCUGUCCUCCUGGCUUCCAUCUCCACAUUGGCUGGCAUGUCUACUGCUGAUGCUGCUGCUGCUGCUACCGGUGGUGGGGAUGGGGGUGACGUUGGUUAA